AUGUCUUCCCAGUCAAGUCAAUUACCAAUUCGCGAAUACAACAAGCAAAGUGUAAAUGAUUUCGAGGGUCAGCAAUACGGAGAAAGCGCAACCCGAGCCAGCGCAGCUCGAGCCAGCGACAAUGAUCCUCAAUAUCGGAAAACUGACACCAGUAAUGGAUAUCAAGCUGGACGUCAACCUUCUCCACGCCAAGAUGCCACGGGUAAGCGCCCAUUAUUGAAGAAAAAGCAUAAGGCAUCCAGACAUAAAAAGUUUAAAGAAGAGGCAGAAGAGGAUAAAGAGGUUGCGAAUAGAGUUCAUUAUAAGGUUGGUGGCUCUGGUGGUGGAGAAAGAGAUAAUGAAGCCAAAAACUUUGAGCAGAGAAGAGCCCUUCUUAUUGAGAAGAAUAGGGCAGCAGAAAAGGAAGAGAAUGAGAAACAAAGAAAUAUGGGACAUUAUUUUGAGGAAGAUUAG